UGCAUUUCUAUCCACGUGGGACAGGCCGGGGUCCAGAUCGGCAAUGCCUGCUGGGAAUUAUACUGCCUUGAACAUGGCAUUCAGCCUGACGGGCAAAUGCCGAGUGACAAAACCAUUGGCGGUGGGGACGACUCGUUCAACACGUUCUUCAGCGAGACUGGGGCUGGCAAGCAUGUGCCCAGAGCAGUGUUUGUGGACCUGGAGCCCACCGUGGUUGAUGAAGUGCGCACAGGGACCUACAGGCAGCUCUUCCACCCUGAGCAACUGAUCACCGGGAAGGAAGAUGCAGCCAAUAAUUACGCCAGAGGCCAUUACACCAUCGGCAAGGAGAUUGUUGACCUGGUCCUGGACCGGAUCCGCAAGUUGGCGGAUCUGUGCACGGGGCUGCAGGGCUUCCUCAUCUUCCACAGCUUCGGGGGCGGCACCGGCUCUGGGUUUGCAUCUCUGCUUAUGGAACGGCUCUCGGUCGACUACGGCAAGAAGUCCAAGCUAGAAUUUGCCAUUUACCCAGCCCCCCAGGUGUCCACGGCCGUGGUGGAGCCCUACAACUCCAUCCUGACCACCCACACGACCCUGGAGCAUUCCGACUGUGCCUUCAUGGUGGACAACGAAGCCAUCUAUGACAUCUGUCGGCGCAACCUGGACAUUGAGCGGCCCACGUACACCAACCUCAAUCGUCUGAUUGGGCAGAUCGUGUCCUCCAUCACGGCCUCCCUGCGCUUUGAUGGGGCCCUGAACGUGGACUUGACGGAAUUCCAGACCAACCUGGUCCCGUACCCCCGCAUCCACUUCCCCCUGGCCACCUACGCUCCAGUCAUCUCAGCUGAGAAGGCCUACCAUGAGCAGCUGUCCGUGGCUGAGAUCACCAACGCCUGCUUUGAGCCUGCCAACCAGAUGGUCAAGUGUGACCCUCGCCAUGGCAAGUACAUGGCCUGCUGCAUGUUGUACCGGGGGGACGUGGUCCCGAAAGAUGUCAACGCGGCCAUUGCCACCAUCAAGACCAAGCGCACCAUCCAGUUUGUGGAUUGGUGCCCAACGGGAUUUAAGGUGGGCAUCAACUACCAGCCCCCCACCGUCGUCCCUGGAGGAGACCUGGCCAAGGUGCAGCGGGCUGUGUGCAUGCUGAGCAACACCACCGCCAUCGCCGAGGCCUGGGCCCGCCUGGACCAUAAGUUUGAUCUCAUGUAUGCAAAGAGAGCCUUUGUGCACUGGUAUGUGGGGGAGGGCAUGGAGGAAGGGGAGUUCUCCGAGGCCAGGGAGGACCUGGCAGCUCUGGAGAAAGAUUAUGAAGAGGUGGGCGUGGAUUCCGUGGAAGCUGAGGCUGAAGAAGGGGAGGAAUACUGAAUGGGAGCAUGCAGCUGGCGGG